AUGACUGAAGUACUCAGCACGCAAGACGACCUGCUCUCAACGUACACGGGGUUGUCUACAUCGUCUGAGCUUGAUAUUGAACCGGCGAUUGCGUAUGAUUCACAGUCCCAUGAUCUUGAAAGCGGCUCUUAUGGCGAACGUCUGGUUGUCAACGUGGUGGAUCAACUUGCAAGGAAGCAGCCAGACAGAGUCUGGGCUACCGUAUCGCGAUCACCAUUUCAUCUCGGCGAUGGUUUCCGCGACAUCACCAUGCGAGAGCUUGCCCAGGCGGUGGAUGCUGCAGCCUGGAUCAUCGACAACAAAUACGGAAAGAGCAAGACUUUCGACGUGAUUGCUUACAUCGGGGUGUCGGAUGUACGCUACGCUAUCUUCAUGUUUGCAGCUAUCAAGACAGGUCACCAGAUCAUGAUACCAUCCGUACGCAAUUCAGUGUCACAGCACGAUUCGGUCUUCAAAGCUGCGAACUGCACCAGGGUGAUUCAUACCCCCGAGAUGAGUUCAGUUAUUACGGCCAUGAAAUCAUCCAAGCGUCAACUCGACGCCAUCCUUGCUCCCACUCUCGAUGAACUUCUCGAAUCGGCUGGAACAAGCCCGUAUGCAUACGAUAGGACUUGGGCUGAAGGACGGACUGAUCCCAUCAUCAUAGCCCAUUCUUCAGGAUCAACGGGCAACCCAAAACCAACAACAAUCACCAAUGGAGUCUACUCAGUCUAUGAUAAUCACCGGAAAAUACCACCAAUUCCAGGACGCAAGAUCCAGGGCUACCUCCUCCUUGAACUCAAUGGCGGUCGUUUCUUCAAUCCCUUUCCGCCUUUCCACUUGGCUGGUCUUUUCGCGAUGACUAUCAUGCCCAUCUUUUACACAUGUACCGUUACACUUGGGCCAAAGGAGAAGCCUCCCAGCGGCGAAAUACUCAGCCAAGCCAUGCAUCUCCUGCCUUCCAUCCGAGCCGCUUGGUGCCCUCCAACCGUCAUCGAACAACUCGUUUCUCUUCCUGGUGGCUUUGAACAAGCAGCGAAUCUCGACUGGAUCAUGUAUACGGGUGGCCCCCUUGCGCCCACGGUAGGCGACCGUCUUUGCAAAGUCACCGACGUCUGCCAAAUGUACGGAUCGACUGAGACUGGGCCGCACGUCGCCCUGGUGCCCCUACCCGAGAAUUGGAACUAUUUUGAAUGGCACCCACACCUGGAGAACGAGAUGGACCCCAUGGGUGACGGCACGUUUGAGAUGGUUGUGCGAAAAGAUCCAUCCUUAGACUGGAUUCGCCAUUUGGCUCAAGCCUAUCCUCACCUGGACGUGUGGAGAACGAAUGAUUUGUUCGUUCAAGCACCUCACAAUCCCAAGCUAUGGAGGUUUGUCGGUCGAAGAGACGAUGUCAUUGUCUUGUCCAACGGAGAGAAGUUCAAUCCAGUCAACAUGGAGGGCGUCAUAAGUGGGCAUCCGCUCGUUAAAGGAGCACUUGUGACGGGCACGGCAAGAUUCCAAGCUGCUUUAGUCAUGGAGCCUGUCGAAGGGCUUGCUAUGACCUCGUCUGAGUUCAUCGAAAAGGUCUGGGACACUGUCGAGAAUGCGAACAUGGUUGGCCCAGCACAUGGCAGAAUCUUUCGGUCCAAAAUCACAAUGGCAACCCCCGAGAAACCUUUCAUUCGUGCCGGCAAGGGAACGGUGAUAAGAGGUCGGACAACGAAGCUGUACGCAGCUGAGUUAGACGCGCUCUAUGACGACAAUCGCAAUUGUAGUCUUCCAGCAGGAGACCCAGCACUGCAAAAGUCAAGCUCUCUUGAGGAUACGACGAAAUUCAUCAGGGAAUGCAUCGUCAAGCUUAUGUCCCCAAUCUCAAUUGGGGACAAUGACGACUUUUUUGUUCUCGGUAUGGAUUCUCUUCAAACACUUGAGCUUCUCAACAUGGUAAAGCGCUCCAUGGAGCCAUCCACCAAGUUGACCGUUGCGGAUAUCUACGCAAGUCCUUCCAUCAAACAACUGGCCCAGCACCUCCAUGAAGCUCUGGGCGGACUAGAAACGACCACGACACCCCGCGUCGAAGACAGAAUCUCAACGAUGAACCGUAUCAUUGACAAGUAUACCGCCGAUUUCAAACGGUCUGAUAUCCCAAGUGGUCCACCUCGCUGUGUCGUCAUAACAGGGUCAACAGGAUCCCUCGGUACUCAUCUUCUGGAGACACUGCUGAGCAAUGAGCACAUCAGCAAGAUCUACUGCCUAAACAGAGACCCGCAAGCAUCAGAGCGACAAAAAAGGGGUUUCAUCGAGAGAGGGAAGGCCACCGCCAAGAUGGACGCAAAGGCUAUUUUCCUGACCAUCAAGCUGGGGGAGCGCAACCUUGGGCUCAACUCGGCCGACUUCGAAGACAUCAGACGCAAUGCCGAUGUCAUUAUUCACAACGCCUGGAAAUUGGACUUCAAUCAUAAAGUCGAAAGCUUCGAUAGCGUACACCUGCGUGGUACGCACGAUUUCAUCGACCUGGCCCUCUCAUCUCAAAGGCAACCACACCUCCUCUUCGUUUCAUCCUUAUCUGCCGUUGGCAAUUGGGCUGCUAUUCACGGUGCAGCAAUCCCGGUACCUGAGAUUGUACCACGCCAUUGCAAUGUUGCCAUGCCCAUCGGAUAUGGCGAAUCGAAGCAUGUCGCCGAGCGUAUGAUCUCAGCUGCCGUUACCGAGGCCGGGCUUCACGGGAGCAUCUUGCGGGUGGGUCAAAUUGCAGGACCACUGGCUGCAGACGGAGGGGAGUGGCAUCGCACAGAGUGGUUCCCCAGUCUUCUGCAGACAUCCAAGGCUAUGGGUUGUCUACCAGACUCUAUGGGAACCAUAGACUGGAUUCCUGUGGAUGUGCUCUCGGACAUCAUUGGCGACAUCGUCCUUGGAGAGUACGCUAGAGUCGUAACUUACAACUACAACCUCAACUGGGACAACUACAACCCCAACUGGAUGGCCAACAUGGGCGACCUGAACGACGCCGACAAGCAUCAAGUCGAAAUGAUCGAGCAAGCAGAGCCCAGCCAAGACGACAGAAACUUCACAUCAUCCUCAGACAAUGAGCAUGAAUCUGAAGUUCCGCCAGGCUACUGGACCUCCUACCGAUUCAUAGGUACAGUCAUGGCCAUCGUAUUACUAGCAAACAACUUGUUCAUCGGCUACGCAAUGCCCGCCAACAUCCUGAACGUCAUUAACGCAGACAUCGGCCCUGACUCACUCAUAUACCUCGCAACACUCAUGAAUACGCUGAUCAAAGGCGUCGGUCUACUCCUAGUCGGCAGCCUCAGCGACGUCCUCGGUCGCCGAUAUUUCAUGGUGGCCGGCCAGGCGUGUGGCUUCAUCGGUUCCGUGAUCGCCGCGCGCGCAGACGACAUCACGACGUUGAUCGGCGCGAACGUCCUACUCGGUAUGGCCGGGGCGACCCAGGUUCUGUAUCCUCUUCUGAGCCAGGAGAUCGUGCCAAAUAAAUAUCGCGGGUUCAGCCAAUCUGCCAUCACAUUAUCGGUAUUCCCGACGAUCGGACUAGGACCCGCGUUUGCGAGGAUGAUGGUCGAAUACACAGCUCAAGGAUGGAGAUGGUGCUUUUGGCUCAAUGCGAUUACGACAGGGAUUUCUCUCGUGUUGUUCCUUGUCUGCUACUUUCCCCCGAAUUUCGAACAGCUCACUACAGGCGUCUCCAAGAUCGAUCAGCUACGCCGCAUCGAUUACGGUGGUUUGGUUUUCUACUCAGGGGGACUUUUAUGCGUAUUGCUCGCUCUAUCUUGGGGCGGUCGGCAAUACGCAUGGGACAGUGCCCAUGUGCUUUCCACUCUCAUUAUCGGAUUCGUCUUAUUAGUCGUCUUUGUGUUAUAUGAAGUGUAUUGGCCCUUGGCAUCGCCACUCCUACCCAUGAAUCUCUUCAAGAUCCGCAACUUCGUCGUCGCAGUCAUCGUCGGAUCCGUAGGGCAAAUGCCCUUCUACGCCCUCAACGUCCUUUGGCCGACACAGAUCACGAAUCUCUACACGACGGACAACAUUUCCAUCGGCUGGAUGUCCUGUACCACGGGCGCGGCCCUCGCAGCUGGCGAGGUGAUGUUCGGCCCACUCUGCAAGAGAAGCGGUCGUUUGAAGCUGCAGAUGAUCGUAUCCGUCCUUGGACUGGUCAUCUUUUGCGGUCUCAUGGCGCUUGGAAACGAGAACAGGCAGGGACUAGCCAUUGCAAUGACGGUCCUCGUGGGGAUCUUCGUUGGGUGGAUAGAGCUCAUUUGCAUCGUGCUCGCUGGUCUCGUGAUCCCUCCUGAGAACAUCGGAUCCGGUUCAGCCUUUUUCGCCUCUGCUCGGGCAGUUUCGGGCACAAUUGCAACAAGUAUUUACCUUGCCAUUUACAGCAAUCGAAGCUCCAGCUUACUGCCUGGCAAGGUACGAGUUGCUGCGGUGGCAGCAGGUCUCUCGGCAGACCGGAUCGAAGAGGUCCUGCAAGCUCUCGCCAGCGGGAAGCCGGCUGGUAUUGAUGCUAUCCGUGGCAUGACGCCUGCCAUAAAGACAGCCGUCCAGGCAGCCCAGAAAGCCGUUUACGCCACGUCCUUCAGUACAGUUUACUUGAGCAGCCUUUCAUUUGGAAUCGUUGCGCUUGGCGUAUGCUUUCUCUUGACUGAUGAUGUCGAUCGGCACUUCACUGCAUUCUUGAACAAGACGGUAACGCCAAGGCUGCCGGAUGGUGAUGAGAAAGUCGACAGAGGUGAGUGA